AUGCCGUGGCUUAAACGCCUCAAUCUGAUGAUCAAUUGGGAGAUCGGUGACUUUUGGUUUGGCAAAGGUGCCAAAUGGCCACUGAAACCCACCGUCGAAGAGGUACCAGAUGAAGAAGUUUCAAUUUUCAAGGAAGAUGACCUUCCAGAGUUAAUCACCACUGAAACUUCUCCAACCUCAUUUGGACAUUCGGAAUCUAUCAGAGAAAUCAUGGCCAAUAACACUGAGCGUGGCGAGUUACCCGCAGUGCGGAAUGACACCGAACCAGAUGACCCACCAUUAGAACCCUCUAUGGAUCAGCUUGAUAAUGACGAUCUAUUUAUCUCCUACAUCGCAGGAGAACCAGUUAUUAGGAUAUUUGAACCCAUCAGGAAGGAAUCACCUUUGAUGAACAAAGAGACUGGAACUGCAGUCUUCACUAUACGAAGAGGCCCCACCAUUGGAAGAAUGAUGCACAGUAUGUUGAAGGCUAUGCCACCUGUCAACAGAUGA